AUGACACUGGCGAAUUCAGACAUCUCGAAUUCCGAUUUCGACAUCAACAUCUUGGACGAUGCGUUCGAGACUCCCGACAUCGAAUUGACGUUUCCAUUGCCUACAGACAAAGAGACCUACAUCGACAUAGAGGGAAACGAAAAAGCUAGCAAGAGCAUCGGGAUAUUAUUCUCGGCUUUCAAGCUCUUCUCUGGCAUUCCUGUGGAGAAAGUGUAUUCUAACAAUGAAUACCGUUACUUCACCAAUAAGCACAGCGCUGCCUUCAAGAAGAAGUUCGAAGACUACAUGAACGACAAGUUGGAAAAGUCCGACAAGAAAUUGGAUGAGUUAAUCUACACUUUAAUCAACCAGGAGUUGAACUUGAAGUUGAUCACGCCAGCCGAUUUCAACCACCGGUUCAAGGAAGUCAAGAAGUUCAUGGUUGCUUACUACAAAAAGGAAAACGAAAAGAACUUGCCCACCUUCCACUCUCACAACUUCGUUAGAACGGCUUAUAUCACCGUUAUCAUGGUCUUACGCAAGAUGUUCCCCAGAGGUAUCUGGGUUAGUAGACAAGAUUUCUCCGAAUUGUACAGAAAAUACUUAGAAGACCCAAUGUCCAUCAUUUUCUUGCCCUCGCAUCAGAGUCAUGUUGAUUACAUCAUUCUCCAUGUGUUGUGUGUGAGAUUCCAGAUGGCUAUACCUACUGUUGUUGCCGGAGAAAAUUUGAACGUAGCCGUCUUUGGUAAGUUCAUGAGGAACUUAGGUGCUAUCUUUAUCAAGAGGUCAUUCAACAACGAGUUGUAUACUGAAAGAAACUUGAACAACGUGAUUGAGUUCAUGUUGGUGAACAAAAUCAAUUUUGAGGUGUUUAUCGAAGGCACCAGAUCCAGAGACGGAAAAUUGUUAUUACCAAAAUAUGGCAUUCUCAAGACGUUGACCAGCAUCUACUUGAAGCAACGUUACUUAGAAAACAACUCCAACUUCGACUUGUUGUUCCAGCCAGUUUCCGUUAGAUAUGAGAGAAUUUACGAGACUGACGGCUACUUAAAGGAGUUGACUGGUAGUGAUAAGAAGCAAGAAUCUAUGCUCAACAUUGUCCAAAACGGUGUUGGUAACUUGUUAGGUGCCGAAACCGCAGAUCCUGUUGUGUGGGGCAAAGAUGGCUUCAAUGACAAUUCCGAACGUAAUUUGAACGGUAAGAUCUUCUUCAAGUUGGGAAAUUCCUUCAGACUUUCUUCCUUCGUUGAAAGUGAUCGUGAGUUCCUCAACGAAGUCACAGCUACUAUCAAAUCCAACCCAUCGGCUAGUCUUGAAACCGAGCAUUCAAAGGUGAAUUUGAAGCGUUUGGGUUUCAAGAUUUUGCAUGAAGUCAAUCGUAUCAGUUACUUGCCAGAAAUUGCUAUCAUUGGAACGGCAUUGCAAGUGCAUUACUAUUUCUUCAAGAAAGAUGUAUUUGACGUAUAUGAAGUGAUUCCAAUUCUUAAGUUGGUAGCCGAAACUCUAUAUAAUGAGAACUUGGACAGUCCUACCAACUCCAAGAUACUUCACGACUUACUUAGCCUUUCGGACGAAGACAUGGCUGUACUCAUAAAAACACAGAUUAUUGAUUUCUUGCGUUUAGUCAGAGUGAAUGAACGUAAGAACUUGAUAAAAAUCGAGAAUCCAAUCGAAUUGUUGUACUACAAAAAUUUGUCUAUUCAUUUGAUCAUCCAGAGAUGUUUGAUCAGUUUCAUUUUGUUGCUCUUGGAAGGACUCGGUCAGUCCAACUACCGUGUCAUCAGCAAGGUGUUCUACAUUGUCACAGGCUUCCUCAAGAACGAGUUCUUGUUUGACUACAACUACAACGAAAGAAAUGAGCUUUCGUUCAUUUUGAAGGACUUUGUACAGAGCGGAACUAAUGACAAGGGAGAAGAAUUCUACAAGGUGAUCGAUGUAAAGUAUUUACAGUUGUUUGGUGACUUGGCUACUCCAUUUUUGGAAUCGUACUUGGUUCUUAUUGAUCACAUCUUUGAACUCAACGAAAGGUUGGCCAGACAUUAUAAAAAGAACAAGGCCGCUAUUCAAAAGGAUGCCAUCAUCGAUGAAGACGAGUUGAAAUACCCCGACACGAAGUCGUUGUUGAAGUACAUCACUUCUCAGAGCCGCAAACACCCUGAGCGUGUGGGGUCAUUGGAAUCUAUCAACAAACAGUACUUGUUGAGUGAUAUCUACUAUCUCGCCAACUUGCAAGUUAUUCAAAUCUUCAAAAAUAAGGCCAAAACAAAAGCAUUCGUCAAGAUCACGAAUGGCCGUGACUUGAACAUUUUGCAUGAUUUCUUGUCGCAGAUUUUGGGCAAGAAGUCUGAGAAGACGUUGUUGACAGAUGAGAUCAACAUUAACUAUGUUAUUGACAUUGUUGACAAGAGAGAUGACAGGGACGUCAACCAGUUGAGACUCGGUAGAAGUAAGUUGUGA